GCCGUGACGCACAGGCGCGGUGGGCGUGGCGUGGCGCCGGGCGGCUCCCGUCCAAGAUGGCGGAGCUGGACCUGCUGGGCUCCAUCCUCAGCUCCAUGGAGAGGCCGCCCGCGGCCGCCGACGGCGAGGCGCGGCGCCGGGCCAGGGAACAAGCCGCCCGGGUGAAGAAGCUGCAGGAGCAGGAGAAGCGCCAGAAGGUCGAGUUCCGCAAGAGGAUGGAGCAGGAGGUGUCCCAGUUCAUCCAGGCCACGGGGGAGCCGCGGCGGCGCUUCCAGCCCAUGAGCAAGAUCGAAAGGAGCAUCUUGCACGACGUGGCGGAGGUGGCCGGACUGACGUCGUUCUCCUUCGGGGACGACGAGGACAGUCGUUACGUCAUGGUCUUCAAAAAGGAAUUCGCGCCCUCGGACGAGGAGCUGGAGGCGUACCGGCGGGGGGAGGAGUGGGACCCCGCCCGGGCGGGGGAGCGCCGCCGCCUCCAUGGGGCGGGGCUGGCGGGCGGGGCGUGGGAGCUGGCAGCCCAGCAGGAGGAGGAGGAGCUUCAGCGUGGCCCCGCCCCUCCCGGCCCCCCCAAUGAUUACAAGGACAAAUACCGGCACCUGAUUGGCUCCGAGGCCGCCAAGGCCGCCGCCCGCACCAUGGAGGCCAAUAAGGCUUACGGCUGCGUGAGGGGGGCCCCUCCCCCCAAUGGAGGGGAGCCCCGAAUUAAAGAGGAACCCCCGAGCGAAGGGGGGGAGGUGCCGCCUCCGUCGCUGUUCUGCACGUGUAGUGCCUCGCCCCGCCCCCUCCGCCACGUCACCGCCGCGCCCCGCCCCCUCCAGCUUGGCAGCUGGAGGCCCCGCCCCCAGGCCGACCCCUAA